AUGGCGAUCGCAAGGCAAGUGCUUUGUCUCUCUGCUUUCCUCUCCCUGCCGCACGCUCGCUCCGAGCCCAUCCGCUACUCCGUAGCCGAGGCGGGGGGGGGGGGCCCCGCGGUGGGGGAGGCGGAGCCGAGCGAGCGCAGCCCCUUGCUGAGCAGCGGGGAGCGCGGGCGGGCAGCGAGCAGCGCUUUCCACGGGCGGAGGUUGGCCUGCGCCGCCGUGCUGCUGGCCGAGCUGCUGGAGCGAGUGGCCUUCUACGGCAUCACCUCCAACCUGGUGCUCUUCCUCAACGGGCCUCCCUACGGCUGGGAGGGUGCCCAGGCCAGCCAGGCCCUGCUGCUCUUCAUGGGCAUCACCUACCUGGUGUCGCCUUUCGGUGGCUGGUUGGCUGACGCCCUCCUGGGGAAGUUCGGCACCAUCCUGCUCAGCAUGGCGCUCUACCUGCUGGGCAUGCUGGCCUUCCCCGUCAUCGCCGCACCGCACACCCGCCAGGGCCUCUGCGGGGACAUCCCCUUGUUCCCCAUAGAGAACUGCUCCUCUCCGGCGGCCAAUGCCACCGUGGCGCCUUGCUCCCAGGUGGGAGCCACCCGCUACUGUGCCACCGCCACCUUCGUCGGACUGGUCCUCGUGGGGCUGGGCGUCGGGUCGGUCAAGGCCAACAUCACCCCUUUCGGGGCAGACCAGGUCAAAGAUCGGGGUCCAGAAGCCACAAGAAGAUUUUUUAAUUGGUUUUAUUGGAGCAUUAAUUUGGGAGCUAUUCUCUCUCUGGGAGGCAUUGCAUACAUUCAACAGAAUGUGAGCUUUGUUAUUGGAUACAGUAUCCCAACAGUUUGCAUUGGGAUUUCAUUCAUGGUUUUCUUAUGUGGUCAGAGUUUCUUCAUCACAAAACCGCCCGAUGGUAGUGCCUUCACAGACAUGUUUAAAAUUCUCACAUAUUCUUGUUGCUCAAGAAAGAGACAUGUGGAACGUUCAACUACUAGCGAAGGCCAGGGAGUACUUCAGCAACCUCGCAAGCAAAGCCUGUUUGAGAUGGCCAAGCUGUCUCGUGGGGGCCCAUUCAGAGAAGAUAAGGUAGAAGAUGUGAAGGCUCUCGUCAAGAUUAUCCCUGUCUUUUUGGCUUUAAUACCUUACUGGACAGUAUAUUUUCAAAUGCAGACAACAUACGUAUUGCAAAGUCUCCAUUUGAAAAUUCCUGAAAUAUCAAAUGACACCAACUCUAUUCAUACGUUUCCAGCAGCCUGGUUGACUAUGUUUGAUGCAGUGCUUAUUCUGAUCUUAAUACCCUUAAAAGAUAAAUUGGUGGACCCCAUUUUAAAGAGGAAUGGCUUGCUCCCGUCCUCACUGAAGAGGAUUGCGGUUGGAAUGUUCUUUGUAAUGUGUUCUGCGUUUGCUGCAGGAAUUCUGGAAAGCAACAGACUGAAAAUUGUAAAGGUUAAAACAAUUAAUCAGACAAUUGGAAAUGUUACAUACCAUGCUGCAGAUAUGCCAAUAUGGUGGCAGAUUCCUCAAUAUGUGCUGAUUGGAUUCAGUGAAAUAUUUGCAAGUAUAGCAGGUCUAGAAUUUGCAUAUUCAGCUGCUCCCAAAUCUAUGCAAAGUGCUAUUAUGGGGCUGUUUUUUUUCUUUUCGGGGAUUGGAUCAUUUGUUGGCUCUGGAUUGUUGGCACUAGUGUCUAUUAAAGAAAUUGGCUGGAUGAGUAAUCACACGGAUUUUGGUAAUAUUAAUGGCUGCCAACUAAACUAUUAUUUUUUUUUGCUGGCUGCUAUCCAAGGAGCAACCCUCUUGCUUUUCCUUAUUGUUUCUGUGAAAUAUGAUCAUCAAAAAGCGAAGAUUAAUGAAGUGGCUGCCAAUGGGAGGAUCUGAUAUCUCUUACAGAGCAGACUUUAUUACAGCAGCACACAACGAAGUGGCAGUGCACCCUGAGUCUGCGAGAUCUUACGCUUUCUCCAGUGAGACUCUUACUAGACUUGCAUGUCACAAGAGUUCUCGCCCCUGCCCCCUCUCGUGUAACGUAGGUAAGUGCCUUAUGUUGGCGGGGCUCAUUUCUUGCACUACGUCCUGGCGGAGGACAAACACAAAUCUUGGAAGUGUAUUAACUCUAGGCAUUCAAGUUGCUCUUUGUUAAUCGUGAGAUGUUUACUUAACUCUUGAAAGUUGGGACACUUACACUUGGAAAUUGAGU